UUUGUACCCCGACCUUCAGCCCGAAGUGGAAAGGAGGGAACUUUAAACGGGACCGUCUAGAAACAAGAGCCUCAGCCUGUUUUCUUGAAAGACAAAAGGUGGGGAGAAGGAGAGGGGUUCCAGGACUUCAUUGGAGGCAUUGUUGGGUGCAGAGUAAAAUGGCAGCCCAACACACAUCUGGCCCCAGGGAAGGAAGAGACCCUGAUGUUCUCAAGGCAGGAGGUCUUGGGAUCUGCGAGGAAAGAACGGCGCAGAAGGUCCGAGGUGAGGAGAUGCUCAGCUCAGAUACACAGUGCCAAAAAUUCAGGAAAUUCUCCUACGAAGAGGCUGAUGGUCCUCGAGAAGUAUGCACUCGGCUCUGCCAUCUUUGCCAUCAGUGGCUCAAACCAGAGCAACACACAAAGGCUCAGAUCCUGGACCUGGUGAUCCUGGAGCAGUUCCUGACCAUCCUCCCCCUGGAGAUGUCGAGCUGGGUGAGAGAAUGUGGAGCCGAGACCACUUCCCAGGCGGUGGCCCUGGCAGAAGAUUUCCUGAGUCUGAGUCAGGCAGAAGAGAAAAAACAAGGAGAGGAAAAGAGGAGAAAUCCCUCAGUAGCAAUCCAGCCUGAUUUCAAUCCAGCAGAGAAAUCUUCUUUCAACGCUGGAAAAAAGCCGCAACGACAAGAGAGCCAUCGAGGCAACGAGGAAAGUUCCAGUUCAGUAGGGUCGGUGAAGAUUCCAGCAACAAGUAUUCCUUCGUCUCUUCCUGGUGAUGCAGUGGAACUUGAUCAGGGUCCAGUGACCUUUGAGGAGGUGGCUGUGUCCUUCACUCAGGAGGAGUGGGCGCUGCUGGAUCCCGACCAGAAGGCCCUCCACCAGGAAGUCAUGGAGGAGAACUGGCAGAUGCUAUCCUCUGUCGGUAAGACCCCCUUUUUCUCCAGCUGAUGCUAAUCUCUCUUUAUCAAGGCAGUAAGAACAGUAACAAGAGCAGCAACAAUAGUUCUUGU